GUAGGUAUUGGACGUUUACUGUGCUCUUUCAUAUAUUAUAGUAUUGUCUAAACUCAUUGUAGAUUUUAUAUUUUGCUUUAUUGUAUAUAAGUAAAUAAUCGGAAGUGGUGCAAAGUGAUUAAAGACGGAAUAGAAGAAAAUUAAAAGUAUAAUUUUUCAUUUUGUCUACAUUUCAAAUAUUUGGACCUUACGAUUUACGAGUAACGUUCGGUGUUCGGUCUUCUAUUAAUUUUGAAAUGGGGAGUGACAAUUCAAAACCUAAAACUAUGAGCAGCCACAAAAAAGACUUAAAAGUAUUGACAAUAGCAGAGAAGGAUCAAGCUUUGCAAUUGCAACAACUAAAGGAAGAAUAUGAUGCUAAAUAUAUGGAGUUUAUUAAAUCUCAAAUGAUGAUUCACCAAUCUAUCAUUGUAAAUCAGAACAGGUCAUCAACAUUCUCAUCCCCCACUGUCUCAUCUUCACCUUCAACUUCUUCUUAUGUUUCAACUCUAUCUGAAAAUAUAAAUGACAGAAAUAUUGUAAAUAAGGAAACUAAACCAAAAUGCAGGUCACCACCAUAUUCAAGUUCUUCGGUCGUACUGGUCCCUUCAACUUCAUCUCAUUUUUCAACUCCGUCUAACAGUGGUAGAAAUAUAUCGAAUACGGGCGCUAUUCCGAAAUUGAGGUUAUCCCCUCUAGUUUCAUCUGCCCCACCAACCUCAUCUUGCAUUUCAUCCCCAUCUGAAAAUGUACCCCAUAACGUAAGAUCGUCAACGAUUUCGCCCUCUCCACUCUUAUCUAUCCCUUCAACUUCAUCCAACGUCGUAACUCAAUAUGACAAUAUAAAUCGUGGAAAUAUUUCGAAGACAGGCGCCAUACCGAAAUCCAGGACAACGCCUGAUGCACGGAAGAAUAUCCCAAUAUUGAAUAUAAAUUGUGUGACAUGUGAAAAUUACUUCGAUUUACAAAUAUUCCAAUGUGAAAACGGUCACAGCUCCUGCAACUUUUGCAAAUUUCUCAAUAAAAACUGCGGACGUUGUUCAAAACCUAUAACGAACUUAAGGAACAUUAUGUUGGAAGCAACUUUUGCGGAUACAAAACUCCAACAAACUACUGCUGCUACUAAGGAACGAAUUAAGUGUCACAAUGCAAGGGAUGGAUGCUGCCUUUCGUUCACGAUAAACGAAAUGAACAAUCACUUACUAGAAUGUCCUUAUAGUGACAUGGAGUGUCCAUUUAAAUCGAUAUGUCAUACUUGCACUUGGAAAGGCAACAUUAACAAUAUUUAUAGCCAUUUUAUGGACAAUCACCCAGACAACUGUGUGGCCGACGUGAACAAAGAAAUGACUCUCAAGAAUAUUAAUAAAGAUCAAACGAUUGCUUACCAUGUUAAAAUAGGCUUCUUCAAUUUUAUAAUUUAUAUCGAAGUAAAUAAAAACAAUAACACUAUAUCUAUGAUGGCUCAACUGCUGGGUACGCAAGUUAGUGCCUCAAAAUGGACGUAUGAAUUCGUUAUAUACGAUAAAUCUAAACCACAAAGAAAAUUUAUGUACGUUGACGUUUGUUAUUCAAAAUCUGCAUCGGCAAAGGAAAUAUUUAGUACUGCCAAAUGUGCGGUAGUUACUACCCAAUAUGCCAAAACAUUUCUUAAUAAAGGUUGCUUGGCUUAUAAGUUUUUCAUAAAACAAAAUGCUAAAAAUAAGUAUCAUACUUAAUAAGGUUUUUAGCGAAAACUAUUUGUUGAUUUUUAUUUAUUUUUCCAUUUUGUUAUAUUAAAUCUAUUCAAAAGAUGCACGUCAAGAGAUAGGCAUCUAAUGUUGAAAUUAUAGUCGGUUAGAAACAUUGUUGUUUUACCAUAUCGAGUAUUUUAAUACUAUUGCGAUAAAUUCAUAAGUAUGGAUACAACAAAUCAGCUGAUUUUAGUGGUUAAGGAAAAACAUUUAGCAUUAAAACAUAGAGCAUAUAUACGUAAAUAAAAAAUGGGUACCUAUGUCACUAAUCACCCAUUCUUUUUCCAAAAAAAAACUUUCUCAAUAAGGCCGUUUCUUAUACAUCUUUGUUGCCAUUUUUCUUUAUUUUAUUUAAUUAGUGACCUUGGUAUACAUUGACUGUAUGAAUCGUAUUGAUAUUUUUAAUGUUAUUUUAUGUGUUCAUUAAUUUACUUUAAAUUGUCGCUAACAUGUAUUAUUAAAAAAACAAGUAAAUUAAAAUGUUGUAAUAAUUAAAGCAUAUUAUAAUUAUUAUGAAAACAUAACCGCUUUUAAAAAUAAUUAGGCGUUUGACAUCGACAACUUUAUAAAAUCGCGUUUUAAAUAAACUUCUAUAGUGUCUAAAUGUGUAAGACAAAUCAGUCAUUCUGACUGAAUUCCGUAAAAAUUAAGUGCUAAUAUAAUAUUUAUAUUAUGAUAAGUUAAUAAAAAACAAUUUUGCAUUAUUUGUUUUAUAUAAUAUGUUGAAAUAUAAUUGUGUUGGAUUGAGCGUUUCGAACAGGUGACGUCACGCGCCACCCUGGACUAUCGUCACUCACUUGCUCGUAACCUAUUUAUUUGGUGUCGGCGCAAGAUUUAAUCUAUCUUUCUCUAUUUCUGUUAAUAUAUGUACAUACCUUGUUUCCCUAUAUACUUAUAUAUAUAGGACAGGGAACUUUGGCGCACCUUGGGAGAGGCCUAUGUUCAGCAGUGGACAACGAUUGGCUGUUGAUUGAUUGAUUGAUUGAUUAUAUAUAUUGACAAUCAUAUUACUCGUCUUACAAUAUGAUAUUCGCCCCUUCGCGAUUACAUAUUCAUACCGUGCCAUGUUAACUUCGAACUUUUUUGUCAUACAAAUUAACUUCUUAAAUGUUGCAUCUAUGUGUUAGUUUUUAUUUCAAUAAGUACAAACUGUUUUUAUAUUUUGUUCAACAAUUACACUAUAAUAGACGAUUUGUUAUAUUUAGUAUUUAUUAAUUAUAUUUUGAACGAUAAUGGUUGGUUUUAUAAUUAUUUUAUAAGUUUUACGUCCAUACAUAAUACCGUACCGUAAUAACAAUAAAAAAAAGAGAUCAUGCAUCAUAGUUUAAUUCAACAUUCACAGUUUGUAAUAAUAUAAGCUUUUUCAUCUAAUUCUACAGGUGUAAUUCAUCUACAUUUUUUUUUUAUCGAAUGUGAUAUUUGUUAUCAAUGACAGAACUUAAUGAUAAACAAAAUUAAAUCGUAACAUAAUUGUCGCCGCGAAUUUUGUUUCAUUUUAUUCACUUCGACAACACUUGACAUAUUGUUUUCAUAUAAUGUUAGUGUUUUAUUUCCUUGCUAACCAGCAUAGACAAUUAAUACAUAAUCUUUUAAUUUGUGUCAAAAUUCGCGGCACCCCUCAUAUAUUUGUUUAGUGAACACAUUGUCGUUUUUUUAUAUUUAAAAUAUCUUAAAACAAGGACACUUUCUCAACUAUAAACAUGUUGAUGGACGGCAUUAUCAAUGUGUUUAUAUCUAACAUCAUGCCGCCUUUAUUAAUAAGUUUGUAAAACAAUAUUAUAAUAUAUACCCUAUUCCAAUCAAUUAAGAAGUAUAUUUCGCUUUAAGGAAAUUAAUUUCCUCAAAAAAAAAAGUUCACUUAAAGAGGAUUUAAAAUAACAUUACAUAUUACAUGCGAUUUGCUAAUAGUACUGUUUUUUUUUUUCAUUACAAACAUUCUUUUUUAAUAUAUCUUUAUAAACAACACUAUUCCACCCGACUACUUAUGUCCACUUUAAUUUUUCUUCCAAUGUAAUAUAUUAUAUUUAUAUUCAAAACUCCAUUUUUUUACAAAUCCAUAAUGAAUACCAUAGACAAUUCAAGAGCUCGACCAAUGUUUACUUGUCUUUACUCCUAGUGUUGUUGGAAUAGGCGAUAUAAUCCUAUACAAUUCCACACUUUUGUUUACCCAUUCAGCUGGAAUUUAUACCAUACUGGCAGUGAUAUUUUUACGACAUUAAUCCAUUUUUAUCACAUAUUAUACAGUUAAAAUACAUUAUGCUAUUGAGAACACAUUCCAUUUAAGUAAAAUGUUAAUGAGUAAUAUAUAUUUGUUAUUUGUGAAUAUUUUACGUAAAUAACAUACAUGACAUGAUUAUGAAUAAAAAUAAUUGUAU